AACAAGGUUGUAUUUGAUAUACAAAUAAAUAGCUUUUGAGAACGACCGGUGGAGAGGUUCAUUCAUAAUAAUACUUAUAGUUAACAUUUUAUACAAGUUUUGAAUAUCCUCAUUUAGGCACAUAUUCUUAUUACUAAUAAAUUAAAAAAAAAAGAUUAACACGGAGAAAAACAUAUACAUACAUCUUAAAUUGUAGAAUUUUAUGAAUCGUUUGCAUAUUGAUCAGACUGAUCUUAUUAUAAAACCCGACCCCGAAGCCGUGCCAAUGACUAUAUUCCGUACACACGUCCGCCGCUUGACCAUCACAUUAGGACAGUUCAUGGGUCUAUAUGGUCAUUAAGCGGACGUAUACCAGAAUACAGCCACUGGAACGGGCAUAAGGGCGACUUUAUCAAAUUCUAACUUUUAAUAUUGGUAUCGACUUAAUCUUUCAAUAAAAAAUCCUCAUGUUGUGUAUUUGAUCGUUAUGUUUACUUGCUGAUAAUUCCUUACAGGAAAGCAACAGACUGUGGACAUUUUUACGACCCGAUACUUGAUAUAUCGUAAAAAUAGUGUACAAUUACCUCCCCUUUUGGACUUAAUACAUAUUGGGGUAUGCGGACUGGGUAUGCCAAUGUGGGCACUGUGGUAGCUUAAAUACAUUUUAGCAAAAUGACAAAAUUUCAAUUUUAGCAGGAGUCAAUAUAUGAUUUCACAAACCUGAAAAAAAAAUAUUGUAUUAACUCCUCGGUGAUGUCAUUAGGUAUUUCCAGUAAGUAAUUGAUGUCAUGUGAUCUCAUUAGAACCAAUGAGUGAUAGUGUUACAUAUAAUAAAGAACGAUAAUGCCUCGUUUAAGAAAUACAUUAUGACGUCAUAAAACAUGUUCACCAGCGACGUCAUAAUACAUAUCGUAUCUAUGCGCAGACUGUCGCAACGUUACUUCGCACAUCUGGUUAACAUACAUUUAAAGUUUGCAAGAAAAUGGGAUGUAACAACUCAAAGGUCGACGAAAAUAUACAAGAAAGUUCAAAUUCGUUCUGCUGGAGGAAACGAAAUAAGGUCGCGCCCGCCAAGGAUCCUAUUGAAGAGAAGGCCGGGCCAUCACUGGAUGCUGAUAACACAGUACGUAAAACAAAACAGACGGUUUUGAUGCAGCUGAAGGCGGAGGGAAUUGCCCCCAGGAAAGGUGACGGGGGCGUGGCUUUUAUUGUCGAAAUCGGAGGCGCCAAGUCCGAAUCCUCAACCUGCCCAGUCCUCCCUGGCGUUCCAGAAUGCACACACACCCAGUUCGCCAAAUACACUCAGGAGGCGUGCCAAUCCGUAAAUUUCCGUCCUCCGCGACGGCUCCCUCCAAUUAAUAAAUCAGCUAUGGACGCAAAGCAGGAGCGGGCCAGAAAAAAUAGGGAGAGGAAAGUAGCAGAAAGGAAGUCCAAGUGGGCGAAAAGUUAUGCCCGAGUGCAAGCCACCAUGCAGAAGUCGCCAAAUUGAUUUUAUGGAAUAGCUCGAAUUUCGACUUGUUAUUUUGUUGAUAAUAAAGCUCUUUUUUCAAAGAAUAUUUGUGUUUUGUUUGUUAUACUCCAUUAAGUCAAAAUGAUACUGCUAAUCUUUACAAUACUGAUAUUCCUUUAAUGCUUGGGUAUCGAAACAACGUAACAACGACAAGAUUUUAGUGGCAUUUUAAGCAGAAAGCAUGUGAAUUCGCGAGUGUUCGAACGAAUAAAGGUCGAAGGA